AUGAAUAUUGCAGAACAAGAGCAGAAUGCCAACUUGAUACCAACAAAACACAACAUAUUGGAGUCCUUAAGGUGGCUUGUGAAAGACUGUGAGGCAGGAGACUCAUUGGUCUUUUACUUCUCGGGGCACGGUUUGCAGCAGCCAGAUUUCAAAGAAGAUGAAAUUGAUGGGUUUGAUGAGACCCUUUGUCCUGUUGACUAUUUGAGAGAAGGAAUGAUCAUUGACAAUGAAAUAAAUUCCACCAUAGUUUGGCCACUAAAGAAAGGUGUCACACUUCAUGCUAUUGUUGAUGCUUGUCAUAGCGGAACAAUUCUUGAUCUUUUGUUUGUCUACAAUCAUGAAAGUGGCAUUUGGGAGGAUAACAAGCCCCCUUCAAAAGAACCUAUAAGAAAACAUACAAGUGGUGGAUUGGCAAUUUGUCUUAGUGCCUGUGAAGAUAAUCAGACAGCUUCUGAUAGCGCUGUUUUUGGUGGAAAGGGAAUGAAUGGUGUUCUGACUUAUCUUUUCGCAAAAGCAAUCAGAGAUUACCCAGGAAUAACUUAUAAGCGUCUCCUAGAAACUAUGCACGACGAGAUUAAAAAGAUUAACCGAAGCAGAUGCAAUAACCGCAUAUUGCAAAAUAUCUUCAAUCGUAAAAUUGCACAGGAUCCUCUUUUAUCAUCAUCAGAGAAAUUUGAUGUUUCUACGACCAUCUUCACACUGUGA